AUUUGAUUUUGCCCAUGUCAGGUCGUGGAUGCUUAUCAACCCCCUAAUUUCGUCCUUACCUGCGUAUCGUAGGUAAGCCAAGGGUUUUUCCCGAUUCCUUUAUUAGUAGCGGUAGCUCAUGUUGGUUUUGGUUGCUGCCGCACUUGACCUCUUGUCGCGAAGCUUUAUUUUGCACCCUUCGAAGAUAGAACGACCCGUAUCUAUCUAUCAGCACUAAGGUAGAGUGCAGCUUUCACCACUUCACUUACACUUUUGAAGAACGCAGAAUAGAACCUUGAAACUCGUGCGUUGCUUUGCUCUUUUCCCCCUCGUCCCCCCGACGCCAUGAGCGGCACAGAGGACGUGAAUCCGGACGUCCGAAUGAAGACAACGGGUCCGGAAAAUGCGGUGGCCGACCUUGUCAAGGAGAAAGGGCUGCCGGUGGACGAGAUUUACCAAAUGCCCUACUCCCGAGCGGCCAAUAUUCCCAACAUGGAAACCUACCAGCGGAUGUACCGGCAGUCUCUGGAUACGCCGUAUGAGUUCUGGAACGACCAGAGCAGCAAACUCCUGAGGUGGCUCAGCCCGUGGAGAAAGUUGAAGGCCGAGGAUAUGAAAGCGGUAUUAGAACAUGCAUAAUUUUAAUUUUCAGUUUGUUUGAUCUGCGCAGCUGUAAGUUCAACCUCAGCUUCGCGCUGCGAUCUCUUCCGUAGCGCCACGAAAGUACCGCCAAGUAUGUUCAAAAACUAUAUUCUUUUCCGAACAGGGAGACGUUCGUUGGUUCAUCGAUGGUAAGUUGAACGCGUGCGAUUGUUGUGUCGAUCGCUGGGCCGAGCUCUGUCCGGAUAAAAUAGCCAUUAUCUGGGAAGGCGACGAGCCGGACAACAUUCGAAAGAUUACGUACGCCGAGCUGCUGCAAAAAGUCUGCCAGAUUGCAAAUCUUCUCAAGUUGCAGGGAGUCCGGAAAGGUAAAUAAAGUGGCGAUUGGCGUUGAUAAAAUAAUCAUGAUAAUGUGAUAUAUCUUCGCAUUUUUGUUGUGAUGUGAGAGUUACGCAAGGUGGGAAGAUGCGAAGCAGGUACGUAUCGAAAAUAUCAAAUUCGCUUCGACUUCCUUAGUAAAAAUCACACCCUUCAGGCGACCGCGUUACCAUCUACAUGCCGAUGAUUCCCGAAGCAGCGAUGUGCAUGCUCGCUUGCGCUCGUCUGGGAGCCAUCCACUCGGUUGUCUUCGCCGGGUUCAGUGCGGUCUCGCUGCGCGAGCGGAUACUGGACGCGCAGUCUUCCGUCAUCAUCACAGCUGACAACGGGAUCCGGGGGGGAAAGUUGAUCAAAUUGAAGCAAAUCACCGACGAGGCGCUCGUGGGGUGUGAUUUCGUCACGAGCGUUCUCGUCUUCAAAAGGAUAGGUAUUUACAGAUAGACAACUUUCUUUGCUGGCACGAGGACUCAGUCUGUCUUUUUUACAGAGUGGCAUUCAUCAACAUAUUAAUUUCGUGGCACGUGUCGAAAGUAUCUAUGGUCCAUUUCGCCCCUAAUACUACAGGUGAGUGCGCAAUGAAACCCGGGCGCGACGUGGAGGUCGAUGAGCUUCUUCCGAAAAUGCGUCCCUACUGCCCCUAUCAAGUGCAAAAGUGUCUGGGUCUGGAAAAAUGCAUGUUUGUCAUGCUUGUCUGGCAUAACUCCGAAAUCUGUCAUGCACGUUACCCAAGAGCUCCACUUUUCUGUGAUGCAGAGACGCAGUUUGUCAUCCAGAAUGGGCAACACCCAGAAGCUCAGAAAAUUGUCAUGCUGAGCCAGCAUUUGUGGCCUCAUCAUGAGACGCCACCCAGCAUCACAAGUUUCCAGACCCAGACAUUUUUACAUUUGAUAGUCCCCCAGAGGUGAUGGACAGCGAGGACUUUUUGUUCAUGCUGUACACAAGUGGAUCAACUGGGAAGCCCAAGGGCAUAGCGCACGGGACCGCGGGGUAUCUGCUCUACGCCGCAAUGACGCUGCGGUACGUUUUCGAUUACCACGACGGCGAUUUGCACGCGUGCGUCGCCGACGUCGGCUGGAUUACGGGGCACAGCUACAUUGUUUACGGACCUCUGUGCAACGGAGCCACGACGUUCAUGUUCGAGUCCGUGCCCACGUAUCCGGGCCCCGACCGCUAUUGGGACAUGGUGGCAAGGCAUAAAAUCACGCAAUUCUACACAGCACCAACGGCGUUGCGCGCUUUGAUGCGGUUCGGCAAGGACCCGGUCGAGAAGCACGACAGGAGUAGUCUUCGGGUUUUGGGGACUGUCGGGGAGCCGAUCAACCCGGAGGCGUGGAGAUGGUACAAAGAGUUUGCGAGGUUGAAUGUAUUCGGAGACUCGAUAUAAAAAUCGGCACUGGCCUUUAUUGAGCGGUUUUUCACAAAAGGUCGCCUUUUCAAAAAUUUUUCACAGGUACUUCGGUUGUGUCGGCGACAAGAAGUGUCCGAUCGUGGACACCUUUUGGCAAACGGAGACCGGGGGCCACAUGCUGACCCCGCUCGCCGGGUGCACGCCCAUGAAGCCCGGGUCGGCGACGCUGCCCUUCUUCGGCGUGGAACCGGCGGUGCUCCACCCGCAGACCGGGAAGGAGCAGCUCGGGCCGAAUGUCUCGGGGGUGCUGUGCCUGAAACGGUCGUGGCCAGGGCAGUUGCGGACGGUAUACGGGGACCACGACCGGAUGCUCAACGUGUACUACAAGGGGUAUCCGGGGUACUACCUGACCGGGGACGGCUGUAUCCGGGACAACGACGGCUACUACUGGAUUACCGGCCGGGUCGAUGACGUGAUCAACGUCUCCGGGCACCGGAUCGGGUCCGCGGAAAUCGAGCACAGCCUCGUGCAGAACGAAAACGUCGCGGAGGCCGCGGUCGUCGGGUUUCCCCACGAGAUCAAGGGCGAGGGCAUUUUUGCCUACGUGAUUCUGAAAGCGCACGUCGUGGAUUUCGUCCAGGCGGACAUGAUCCAGGCCCUGAAAAACAGCGUGCGCUCCUACAUCGGGCCCUUCGCCACCCCGGACCGGGUCGUGUUGAUUCCGGGUCUGCCAAAAACACGGUCGGGCAAGAUCAUGCGCCGGAUUUUGCGCAAGAUCGCGGCAAACGAUACAAGUAACCUUGGCGACACCAGCACACUGGCGGAGCCCGCCGUCGUGGAGCAAAUCAAGGAGGCCGUGGCGGCUAUGUGAAGAGAAAAAAUUACCGGAAUUUGCAUUCAUAUAUGGUCAUCGUUGCACUGCAUUUUCCCGCUUUCGUAACAAACCUAACCCGUGUAGUAUAAGCAAGGGCACUUAUUCACCCAUUUUCAUACAAUAUCACCACUGCUCACGUUGCGCUGGUAAAAGCGCAGAGAAGUAGUUGGCGGCAACCCGGCACAACGACUUUGUGUAACUAAAGAAAUGUUGACCCGCAGUAAAGUAUCCCCAGCACUAUCCGCGUUAUCCUCAAAUGAACUUGGUAGAGGAGCAUAGCUCCAAAAACGCAUCACCUACUACAAGGAGAAUUUUCACGCUACGCCAGCGCUAUUGCAUUUCAACACUUUCGCAUGCAAAAUGUACAGAACAAUAUGACCGAUUACGAGAAUGAUUUAAAUGGGAUCGAAGGUG